UGUAGUUCUUCUAUAGAAUGUGCAGAAAAUCUUGAAUGUAAGGAAUCACUUUGUCAGUGUUCAGAAUCAGAGUACUGGGACAACUCAAAAUGUUCAUCAAAAAAAUCUGUAAACGAUGCCUGCAUGAAAGAGGAGGAAUGUGGAACUACUUUAUUCUGUGCUAGGAGUGUAUGUCAGUGUGCUUCAUCCGAUAACUGGACAGGAUCAACAUGCUCCAUAAAAAAAGUUGAGCAUGCCCUUUGCAAUUCCUCACUCGAAUGUAAACCAACAUUACAGUGCAAAACAAAUCAGUGUGUUUGUUGUGAACAGGACUUCUGGAAUGGCCAGUUUUGUGAGACUAAAAGAAAUAUCACUACACAAUGCCAAGAAUCGGUCCAAUGCCAGGACACACUGCAUUGUAUUAGAGGGAUCUGCCAAUGUGAUGUGACUGAAUAUUGGACACACACAGCAUGUGCAAAAAAUGUGUGUGCCAUUGCACAGUGUUUGAAUGGAGGAAAAUGUCAGAUCACCGAAGGUAGACAUACGUGUGACUGCGCUAACGGCUAUCUCGGUGAAAAAUGUCAGUAUGGAGAUGGACGUGAAAAGGAUUUUCUGUUGAUAUUUCAUCAAACAUAUAGCACACCAUUACCAAGAAUAUUACCAACAGUCAACAGAAUGGUGAAAUUAUCUGUAUUCUAUUUUGAAAACAACAAUAAUAUUACAGUAACUUUAAAUUCAGCCGAUAAUCAUUAUACUCUUGAUUCUAGUGUACUAAUGAGAGACGGUUUACAUCAAGCUGGUGCAGAAAUACAUUCCAAUAUUCCGAUUACCAUGUAUGGGUUUUUAUUUGUACGUUCUCUGUCCGAAGGAUUCUUUGUUCUUCCAACUAGAUAUGCAUCAACAGAAUAUAUCAUUCCGUCGUUCACUCCACAUAGUGGCAGUUAUAGGAGUGUAUUUUCCCUAUCUUCAGUGUAUUCAAACACAAUUAUCAGAAUAAAUUUUAAAAUAAAGGAUGGAACAAUUGAAUAUGACAAUAUGCAAUAUUCUAACAAUCAAACAUUGACAUUAGUACUUAAUAAGUAUACAGCAUUUCAGAUAUCGCACACAUCAGACUUAACAGGAACAAUAAUCAUUGCGUCUCAGCCAAUUGUUGUAGUCAGUGGUAAUAAAUACAACCUGAUAAAUGGGUUAGCAAGCUCUCAACCGUUCAUUGAAAUGGUACUGCCUACAAAUCAACUAGAUAAUGUAUAUAUCAUUCCACAUUUAAAAUAUCGAUUGGAAAAUACAGUUCGCGUAAUUGCUGUAAAUGAAACAGUAGUAGUGUUGAAGAAUGGUAACAUUCGUACUAGCAACAUACUCAAAUCUAGAGACUUUCUGGAUUAUUUUCAUACAACUAUCUCAUGCAUGUCAUCUAAAAAUGAUGUGAUGGUUCAUAUUUUCCCGCAUGAGCUACUAGAUGGACAUGGAGACGCAUUCAUGAUGACUAUUCCUGGUAUUAACCAGUACCUGUAUGCUUAUGAUUUCAUGGUUCCAACAGAUUUUGAAAGUUUCAUCAGUAUUACUGUGCCGACAGAGGCAGUCGAUGGAUUUGUUCUUGACGGUUAUUUCGUUUAUUUGAAAAAUAUUUUCAGUAUUUCUGAAGAGGAGCAUCGCUUUAGCAGUUUCAGCAUUCCAAUAUCUAGUGGGCCACAUCACUUAACUCACACGACGAAAACAAGAUUCGGAUUGUGGGUGUACGGAAAUUUCACAGGCUACGAAGCUUAUGGAUAUCCAGCAGGAAUGGCUUUUAAAACAUAA